AUGACUCAAAUCCGUAGUUCUCAGCAGACCCAACAGGCCACCCAAACGACUCGGCAAACCCAAGAAGCCACCGAACCAAAUCAAGUCCCUGCCACCACCCAAGCUACCAAUACGACCACUGCCCGCCGUACCGGUCGCCAAAGAGGCUCCCAGGGCUACAAUGGUGACGAUUGCACUGCUUUGGUCGAUUCUGUCAAGCGCGUCCUGCCCUUGGGGAGCAAUGACUGGGACAGAGUCCACGAAUUAUACGAGCAAUAUGCAAUCGAGAACGGACGAGUCUCCCGCGACCCCGAUCCGCUAAAAACGAAAUUCAAGGCUUUGGUUGGAUCAAAAAAGCCGACGGGAGAUCCUGAUUGCCCUGUGUGGAUCAGAGAGGCAAAACAGGCCAAUGUUAUGAUCAAGGAACGGGCCCAUAGCUUGGCCUUUGUCGACGAUGAUAACGACAGCGAGGUUGAAGGUGGAGAUGCAAGGAACGGUAUUGGGAACCCUGUUCCCCUCUCUCCAGGUGACACUCGCCUUGGUUCAAACACAGAUCGCGCGAACGAAUCACAGGGAACUCUUCUUUCCGGCUGGAGUGCAUCUCAGUCCCAGCUGCCAGCCAACCCGACCGAUAAUGAUGGAGACAGCGAUGAAGCCCUCCAAGAGAUCAGUAACGUUUUGCAAUCAUCAGCACAGAUCUCCACUCAAGCCAAUCCAGCAGCUAGUACUUUGGCAACUCCCAUCCGACCUGGUCAUACGGUUACACAAAAUCAACCUUUGGCUCAACAAUCUCGCGCCCAAUCUGCAACUCCAGCUUCCCAUUCGACCAACACAGCACCACCAAGCGGCCCCGCCCGUCGCGCCAGAGGCCCUCAGCCUCAAGCCGGCCUUCAAGUGGCUUUAACUUCGUUUUUCGAUCCCGAAGCCCGUGAGACACACGCCAAUUCGACAAUCAGCCGCUUGCAGGCCGAGGCAAACCGCCUCCGCGAAGGGGUCAACAUUCAGGUUCUUCGCUUACAGGACGAACUGCAACAGGUUCGAAAGGAGCUUGCUGAGAAGACCGCCGAUAAUCAAGACUUGCGUCAUCGGAUGGAGCUGAUGCAAAUGCAAAUGGAGUUCCAACAACCCGGCGGUCAACAGGUUGGUCCGAUCACCCCCUCAAUCCUCGACGCGUUCGAAUACGCGGUCCCGAUGGCGGAUAGAACCAAGCAACCUGAUGGGGAUGGCGACCCAGUGAAGGUGACCGAGUUGGAUGUUCUGGAUGCUGCGAAGCGGGAUCGAUCGAUCGAUGUCCUUCGCGGAUUAACUUGUUUCGCAAUGGUGCUCGUCAACACCGCUGGACCAGUUCGUCCCGGCUGGUUGUCGCAUCCAAGCUCGAUCCAUCAAUCCAUUACUUUUGCUGAUACAAUUUUCCCAUGCUUCGUCUUCACUUCUGGCCUGGCUUCCGCCCAAUCUAAGAAGAUUGGACAGGAUGGUCGAGCUUCACCACUCAAAAGAGCGUUGAUCCGGGCCAUCAAGUUGAAUCUGCUCGGAAUAGCACAUAACAAUCUCCUCCCUCGAUUGAUCGGGCUCCACAAAGAUGGCCUAAUGAAUUUUCGGACCUAUCGGAUUCCCUCGGUGCUUGGAACGAUUGGGAUCUCUUCGAUUAUUUGCGCCGUGGAAUCCUACUUUAUGAUCAAGGCUCCGAUUUUUCCGGCUGCACUCGGUCUAUCGUGGUACAUGGUCUCUCGUCUCCGUCCAUUCGACCCGCUUCAUUUAAGCUCUCAGGCCUGGUUCGACCAAAGAGUUUUCGGCCCUUCUCAUCUACACCAACCGACAUCCGGGUUCGAUCCCGAAGGACUCCUACCCGCCCUCUUGACCGUACCACUUUCCGGAUUUCUGGGAAGCUAUCUAGCCCGUCCCUAUCAGAACAUGACCAAGAUCGAGAACGCUCAGCUUGCGGGGCUGGGGAUCCUUGCGAGCUUGUUGACCGGCUUGCUGCCUUCGCCUGCCACCAAGAUCCUUUGGACGCCGACUUACGUCGGACAAACUGCUGCCACAAGCUUGUUAUACUGGUCACUCUCAAAGCUUCUAGUAUCUCUUCCAAAUCGAUUUACCCAGCAAAUAAGUUCAGCGCUCGAAAUCCUCGGCAAAAGGUCGCUGGAGGUUUACCUGAUCUCAGCUGGUGUGUCGCUCGCGUUGACCAGGGUUGGAACCUGGGACACCAUGUACAAUCUCAUAAACAGACUCCUAAUCCUAAUCAAAUUUAAAGACAAUCACAAUCGAAACGUCUUGGUAGGCUUGGCUCAAAGCAGUCUACUGGGACUAUCUAUGAUCCCCUUGUCCAACUUCCUGUUAAACUUUGGUUGGAAAAUUUAG